AUGGUAAAACACAAGAGGACUCAUGCAGGACAGAAACCCUAUGAUUGUGGGAAAGAUUUCUCUUCGAAAUCUCCCCUGUGUCCAGAGUGUGGGAAAAGUUUCAGUCGGAAUUCCAACCUGAUGACACACCAGAGGACUCACACGGGAGAGAAACCCUAUGAGUGUCCAGAGUGUGGGAAAAGUUUCAGUCGGAAUUCCAGCCUGGUGACACACCAGAGGACUCACACAGGAGAAAAACACUAUGAGUGUUCAGAUUGUGGGAAACAUUUCUCUUCGAAAUCUGUCCUGGUGAACCAUCAAAGGACUCACACAGGAGAGAAACCAUAU